CCUGCGGGAGAGCGGCGGUCGCAAGGCGGGGGAGGGGGCGCAAGGGGCGGGUGGCAGGUGGGUCCCCGAGCCCUGGGAUCCUCACGAUCCCCACCGUGCCCCGACGGCGGCACGGGGGAGACCUGUACGAGCAGCUGGUGGGGCUACUGGUCCCCGGGGGUGCUGGGGAGUCAGUCGGGGCUGUCGGGGCUCUGCCAUCGGGGGCGCGGAGCUGGGACAGGCACCGGGAGCCCUUGGGAAGGGUUGGGGCGGGGGGGACAGCACCGCCCGCUCGGGGCGGUCCCAGCCCGCCGGGGGGGACCUGGGGGAGAUAAAAGCCGGGGCGGCGGAGGGCCCGGGGGAGCCGGGCAGGAUGAGCGCGGCCCCGGGCACCUCCCGAGCUCCCCAGCCGCUGCUCCGCUUCCCCGACGGGGCGGGCGGGCCGGGCGGCGGGCGGGCGGCGGGGGGAGGCGGCGCCCAGGGGCCGUGCCCCUGUCCUUGUCCCUGCCCGGGGGGGCCGCGGAAGCGGCGGAGGACCACGUUCAGCCGGGGGCAGCUGUCGGAGCUGGAGCGGGCCUUCGCCGCCGUGCCCUAUCCGGACAUCGCUACCCGGGAGCGCCUGGCCGAGCUCACCCAGCUGCCCGAGGCCAAGAUCCAGGUCUGGUUCCAGAACCGCCGCGCCCGCAGGAUCCGUAGCGCCAAGCCGGAGCCGCCACCGCUACCGCCGCUGCCGCCGCCCGGGGAGCGGGGUCCCCCGGCGGCAUCCCCCGACAGCAGCAUCCCGUGCCCGGCCCCUGCCCUGCCGCCGCCGGGAUCCCACAGCCCCGCUCGGGGCCUCCCCACCUCGCUGGGCUCCAUCUCCGACCUCAUCUACAGCGCGGCCAUCACCAACCUGGGCGAGCCAUAGCUGUGGCAAGGACCCCUGGCUCUAGGGACCCUCCUGGCACCGCGGUCCCCCCAGAUUAGCGCCACGAUUUCAUCAGGGUGUGGAAUUACUGCCGGUCCCAAAGGCCCUGAGGAUGUCAUCCAAUAUCCUAAAUGCGGGUGCAGCCACAGCAGGGGCAGCUCCCUAUCAGCCCCCUAAUACCGACUAAUCUUUUGGAAAAAAUACCUUAAUCUCAGGCUGUAUCCACGGAUGAUUGUGGCGCGGCCGCCCCUAAUCCGCAGGCACGUUCGCAGGUGCUGGCAGAUCUCCCUGGAUCGGAUAUUAAACCAUGUUUCCAGGGGGGCUUAGCUGCCAUCAGAGCAUUAAUCACUGUGUCUGGCCCUGGCAGAGUGCCCACCCAGCAGGUGUCCAGGUCCCCAGGGCCUGCCGUGGGUGUCCCCUCCCUGCUGUGGGUGCACCGAGCUGGCUCCACUCUGUCCCAGGGCAAUUGAGGAACCCCUGGGCUCAGUGUUGUUCUGAGCACCCUUUGGCAGGGGAUUG